AUGACAUCUGCUUAUUUGGCAAAGAAACUUGGUUUCGACACCUUGUGGCUUGGUUAUUUGCAAACCAUGGUUGGUUUAAUCCAGCUGUUGGGUGGUCCUAUGUUUGGAAGGUUUGCAGAUAUCUUUGGUGCCCGGGCAGCUUUGUCCCUGUCUUGUUCUGCGACAAUCGUUUUCUUUCUGCUGCUGGCCAUCGCAUCGAGUCCUGCCAUGCUGUUCCUCCACAAAGUCCCCACAGUCUUCAUGCAUGUUCUACCUGCAUCUCAGAUGGUAGUUGCGGACCUUUCAGAACCUGAUAAACGGGCAGACGCUUUAUCCAAAAUAGGUCUGUGUUAUGGCAUCGGAAUGAUUGCAGGAUCCAUGUUGGGCGGCCAGCUUAACACACGCUAUGGAGAGACGUUUACUGCAUGUGUUGGUGCUGUGGGGAGUGCCUUCAGUUUAAUGUUGGUUUUAAAGUUUAUCCCAACAACUACCAAAGCUCAAGCUACAAGAACCAACAAAGACAGUGAGAACAAAAGCAAGUCAAUAUUCAACGUGGGAGAGAUCACAAGACUGUUGAAGUUUCCAGGUGUGAUGCGGACUUUUGUUGUGAAGAUAAUUGCAGGUUUACCAUCAGGGAUUUUUCAAGUAAUGUUCUCAAUCAUUGCAAUGGAGUUCUUCAAGCUGAAACCCGAGCAGAACGGCUAUCUGAUGGCUUAUUUUGGUAUAACUUCAAUGGUUAUUCAGGGAGGAGUGAUCGGUCGGAUGACUGCGAGAUACUCUGAGGGCUCGCUGCUGCUUCUGUCCAUAGGAAUGUCUUCUUUGGUGGGACUUGCUCAGGCUUACAUGCAGAAUGUGUUCCAGUUCUGCCUUACCGUCAUCCCGAUGAUGUUUGCUCUCAGUACAUUUAACGUCAUCACAGACAGCAUGCUCACCAAGAGUGUACCGUCCUCUGACACAGGCACGAUGCUGGGGCUGUGUGCAUCCGUCCAAUCUCUUCUUCGUACAGUGGGACCGACGGUUGGUGGCUUCCUGUAUGUGAACUACGGAGUUUCCUCCAUAGGCCUUAUCCAGUUUGUCGUGAAUAUAGCUGUGUUUGUGUACCUGCUGCAGCGCCACUUCACAAAGACAGCCAAGCAAAAGGAAUGACAUAUUUUAGUUUUAAAAAAAACUUAUUUUUCGUAUCCAAUUCAUCCACCAACUGAUAGAGGAGCUGGAAAUUCAAGGUUAGAUUUUUAGGGACAAUCAUCUCUACAUGUGCAUAUAUUCAAUUAAAUCUGUCGCCGGUGUUUACAUGAUGAGAUAAGGUCAAGCCUUUCCACUCCUCCAUUACUCAGAUUUAGCUGCUGGUUAAUCUUUGGUGGAGAUGCAGGACUCAACCACUAGAUGGCAGCAAGCCCUUAAUUUUACCAGAUGAUGCUGUUGUGUUCCAUCAUUCACAUUAGGUCAAAUCACUUUUAAACACACUUUAAAAUCCGUUACAGAUUUUAUCAAAAGUAAUCAAAAACGAUUAAAUAUUAGACAUAUCACCUAACUCCUAA